UUGACAAAAAAUAAAAUUUUUCUUUUUAAGAAUUCGAAGAUGACGGCGACUGGACGGAAAAGUUCAUUCAAGUUAUCCAAAGUAGACCUCCCAUAUUCAAUACACGGCUACCAGAACAUUCUGACCGGAAUUUAAUCUGUCGCCUGUGGGAAGAAAUUUAUGAAAUCAUGGUACCACGAUGGCAAGAAUUGACCCCAGCUCAAAAAUCAUCCAAAGGAAACAAAAUACAAAACAGGUGGAGGAAUCUGAAAACAUGUUUUCGCAGGGAACUCAACAAGCAGAAAGGCUCUUCGGGUCAGGCUGCAAGUAAGCGCAAAAAAUAUGUUUACUUUGACCAGUUACUGUUUCUCCUACCCACAAUGGAAGACAGGGCAACAGUAAGCGAAUGUACGUCCAUAGAAGAAGACUAUUCCGGAAGCGAUGAUGAGUCUCAAGUUAUUCAGGUAGAAGACCAAUCACAAAAUAAUGAAAUAAAAUUGAGUCAGCCGGGUCCUUCCACUCAAAAUCCACAACCAAUAAAUCCGACUACUAAUUCCACCCCAAGUAAACAUCUAACUACCCCGCUUGGUACUUCUACCCGAAAUAGACAACUGAUGACACCCAAACGUACAAUACCAUUAAAAAAAAAAACGGAAACCUAUGAGGAAUCCUUACUAGCCAUUUUGAAAGAGAAAAAAGCAGAACCAAUCGAUGAAGACCAAUCCUUUCUUCUUUCAUUGGUACCAUCAUUCAAGAAAUUGAAUGAUGCACAGAAGCUUGAUGCUAAGAUGGAAUUUUUAUCGACAUUGAAACGUCUUACACAAACGAAUGAAACUUCUUACUAUCAAAACUCCCAAGGAUACAGGAAUCAUCAUAGUUAUGGGUAUCCUGCUUAUUCAGGCAAUUUAGUGUCACCAGCAAAUUUAUUUCGGACUUAUAAUAUCGAAAAUUAUCAAUCACAUUCCUCAACAUCUACACCAGCUUUGAGUGAAAUUUCGCAAAGAAGUUCUGCUAGUAGUUGUGAUCACCUCACUUCCAUGGAAGUUCCAGACUUCACUUGA